ACGCAUAGCACUUAAAAUGUAGAAUUCUGUUGGGUUUUGAUUUUUUUGCUGAAUGUAUGUCGAAGAUAUUUCAUUACAUUUCAUUUAUUAUAAAAUAUAACAUUAGCGCAAUAAGAUCCCAAUGAUCUUUUAUAGUACAACUGUAACUUAUAAUUAAGAAUUAAAAUAUGUUAAUGUUUAACAUCAAGUAAUAUAUAAGACAAAAACAGGAACAACAAAAACUUACAAAACUCUAUAGAGAGUCACAAGUGGAGCAUAAGGAAAAACAUAAGAAUAAUGUAUUGAUUACCCUAAACUAACUUGAUAGCGGGCCUCAGAGGAAAGGGUAUAACUUUGCAUAUGAAAUAGCAUUUUAACGAAAAUAAGAUAUGAAAUUGUAAAAAUGAGAUUUUACGCAAAAUUAUAACGAUUUUCCGACUACCCCCUCCACUGGCGCUACUUUUCCGACUGGGAGUCUAAUAUUUAGUAAAGUACAGUACGUAGCGCUAUUAUCAAUUAGCAUAGUGUUUAAAAUUCAACUCUGAUUUAAACUAGAAUUUAAGUGGGAUAGUGCUAAAAUAAAGUAAAAAUAAGGGACAACAAAAGGAUAUGUAUCAAUAACGAAAGGAACAUUUCCAGAAAAAUAUUCUAAUUAAAAUAAUAUGAGUGAAAGUCCUGCAGAGAUGUCAAGUUUUCAAGUGGACCAGCGGGCAAAUUUCCUCGCUCUUAUUUUGUUGGACGCACUAGAGGAUGGUAAUGAAAGCGACAUAAAUGCAAUACUUGAAAGGAAUAAUGUAGAUGCAAGUUUUGUCCCUGUUGAGCGCGGUAUAUCGCCACUGCAUUAUGCGUGCGGAAUGGAGAACGCAGAAUUAGCCUGGGAGAUAUCAAAAAGAUUCCUUCAGGACGGUGCUGAUCCCAAUGUGCGGUCCAACGAAAAUAUGACGCCAUUGCAUGUGGCAGCAAUAUUUGGACGUGUGGAUAUUGUGAAGCAACUUUUGAAAUAUGGUGCUCAAUAUGAUGUGGUGGACGAUGAACGUAAAACACCUAUACAUUAUGCCAUAGAAGAUUGCCAUUUCGAAGUGCUUGAAGCGAUUAGAAACCAUAUUUUUCAACAUAAGUACGAUAGAGACUGUCAAAAGCGCAGUAAUGAAUGUAGACAGGACUCCAACACUCCAGCUCCAAAAACAGUAAGGUUACGUGAUGAAAAUGCCUCGAAUAUUACGCCAGUCAACAAGGUACUUCGUAACGUACUUGCCACGGAUAAU